GCCAUGGAUUCUUCAUCAUGGAGCUUUUCGACUUCAUACUCUCUCUCUAGACCAGACCUCGACCUUUCUAAAUGGAUCAAUAGUUUGCGAAAAAGCAUGGAAGAUGACGAUGAAGAAACCGCCAAUACCGAAGUCUGUAUCUUCACUGUACCCAAAACCCUACUUGACACCGAUCCAGAUUCCUACAUCCCGGAACAAGUCGCCUUAGGUCCCUUCCACCAGUGGCGCCACAAUGUUUACGAUAUGCAGAAAUACAAGCUCGCGGCCGCCAGAAAGGCCCAGAGUCGAAGGAACAUUAAAUUUGAACGAAUCGUGGAGGUGAUGAAGGAAAACGACGAAGCCAGAAUCCGAGCUUGCUAUCAUAAGUUUCUGGAUAUGGACGGGGAUACCCUGGCGUGGAUGAUGGCGGUAGACAUGGCGUUUUUGCUGGAGUUUCUUCAGGUUUACUACAUGAGGGAAGAAGGCGGAGGCCGGAGUAUGGAUAUCGGCUCUAUAUUGUCGAGUGUGGUUGAUGUUGCCGGGAAGAAACUAUCUCACAUGGCGAUUCUCAGGGACGUGGUGAAACUAGAGAAUCAGAUCCCAUUGUUUCUGAUCAAAACGACGAUGGAACAUGAUCGGACUUCCGAUAAACCGGCGGCAGAGACUCUCCAGAUCAUGCUGAUGGGGUUGUACCAUGAGCUUUCUCCCUUCCAGUAUCAACACCAGUCCCCUUGUGUUGAUGUAGAUGACUGUGAUCACCUGCUGGACUUUCUGUACCACAUGACUGUGCCAAAUGAUAAGGAACUAGGGAUCUUCACGGACGUCUGUGAUCAGACAACAAUCGAUUUUGGUGCCACCGGAGAAAAAGAUGGAGAUGCCGGAGAAAAUGAAUCUUUCGCAAAACCAACUCAUCUUAAACAGUUUCUUGAUUACAUGUGGAAGAUUAUCAAGAAUGCAAACUUGGGUUUCUUUAGAUUAGUCAAGAAGAUAACCUUCUCGAGACCGAUAAUGCUCGUAAUGAAAUUGCCAUGGAAGAUUAUAUCUAGGCUUCCCAUCCUCAAACUCUUCAAAGAACCAAUUGAAAACAUGUUGGCAAAUCUCCAAGGUGAAACAAAGGAGAAACCAGAAGAUGAAAACAACGCAUCGAACCCACCAUUGAUCGAAGAAAUCACGAUCCCUUCAGUCACGGAAAUGGCGAAAGCCGGGAUCCUUUUCUCACCCGUUAAUGGCACGAUCUCAGAUAUUCGUUUCAACGAGAAAACUAGCACCCUUUACCUCCCCGUGGUCCAUUUGGACGUGAACACGGAGGUAUAUAUGAGAAACUUGGUUGCAUACGAAGCUUGUGUUGCAUCUGGACCAUUAAUCAUGGCUCGUUACACCGAGCUAAUGAACGGAAUCAUCGACACCAAAGAAGAUGCAAAGAUUUUGAUGGAUUGCAAGAUCGUUUAUAACCAUUUGAAGAGUGAAAAAGAGGUUGCAGAUUUGUGGAAUGGGAUGAGUAAGUGUGUGAAGAUGACCAAAGUUCCAUUCAUGGAUAAAGUCAUUGAAGAAGUUAACAAGAGGUAUGAUCGAACAUGGAGGGUGAAAUUAGGGAAGUUCAUGACCAAAUAUGUGUUUGGAUCUUGGAAGUUUUUGACAUUGUUGGCUGCUAUGUCUUUGUUGUUCUUGUCGACGGUUCAAACCUUCUGCUCGGUUUAUAGUUGCGCUCGUGCCUUUCGACAGCUUCCCGAGCUCGAAGAGCCGCAGUGAACAAGCU